UUCCUUCAUCACCAUGAACUCCUCACCUGUCGUCUGCGUUCUCCUGGGUGUCUUCCUCUAUGUCAGGGCUGCAUCAUUGCCUCUUUCUGUUGAGGCUAGUACUGCUGUCAUGGUUACUGACAACUACACUACUCCAGAACCGACCACCAUUCCAAAUAUAACAGUCACACCAACUUGUUGCAUGACUACACCUCCAUCACCAUCAACAACAACAACACCAUCAUCUCCGUCACCAAGCCAGAUUAUGUGUCCUGAUGGAUGGGAGGUGUUCCAGGGACGCUGUUACUACUUUGUGAAUGAGGCCAUGACCUGGCCUCAGGCUCAGUCGAACUGUGCCAUACUGGAGUCCGUGUUGGUCUCCGCCCACAGUGCUCAAGUGUACAGUUUCCUGCAGCAACUCACCAACAAUAAUGGCAAUCAGAAUGCUUGGCUGGGCGGUUUCUACCUACAGGACCAGUGGUUAUGGAUUGAUGGAUCCUGGUUCUACAAUAACACCUGGAGCACCGAGUACCCAGAGAGCAGCAACCCCUGCCUGCUGCUAAAUUCUUAUGGAACAUGGAGCAAUUCCCAAUGCGAUGUUUAUGAAUAUUCCUCCAUCUGUGAGAAGAACUCCAAUGUCCCGCCAGAGAUGCUGUGUCCUCAGGGCUGGACGGGGUUCCAGGGCCGCUGUUACUACUACAACUCUGAAUCUCUGUCCUGGCCUGCAGCUGAUGCUGACUGUGCCAGCCUAGGAGCCAGCCUGGUCUCUGUCCACAACCUUGAAGAGUAUUCCUUCCUCUUUCAGCAGACCACUGCCAGUGGAAUCUCUGCAGCCUGGCUGGGUGGAUUCUACCUGGAUGACCAGUGGUUGUGGCUUGAUGGUUCCUGGUUCUAUCAGGGAUUUUUUACCCAGAUGUCUCCAGACAACAACGACUCGUGCCUUGCAACUUACGACCCCAAUGGUUGGAGCAAUUACGCCUGUGAUCAAGGCUGGCCUUCAUUUUGUGUGAAGGAGGCUGCUGUGUGAAAAGUGCAUAUCAAACCUGCAACUCACACAAUGCAGACGGGGAUAUGGAAUAUUUCAGUCAAGUACACAUUUAACCCCAAUGUAUUCUGAAGAGCAUCAUGUGCAAAUUUUCAAUGCAAAUUAAAGAGUCAU